UCCUCCACUCCCAAGCACCGACCCUCGCUGCACACUGCAUACCAUGCGGCCAAUUCCAGAAGACCAGGAGAAAUUAUUAUACACAGGGCCAACAAGAGAUGGCAGGCUGAAGUACCUGUCACUGCGGGAGAAGGUUUCGCCCAUUGACCGGUACUACUACCCCGCCUCGGUGAACCAGCGCUACGGCUGGCUGGCACCAGCAAUGCGUCAGGCACUGAACCGGCCAGAGUGUGCGAGGAGCGAGCAGCCACGGCGUGCUGCGCUGCGCAGGAAGGAUGUGCGGCCAGACCCACCUGGACUCCGGAGGCCACUCACUACUAAACCACCGGAACGUGCCGAACUCUAGUCCUAUUCUACUGCUGUCCCAACCCUCAAUGCCACUUUUUCUCUACUAUAUACUGAAUAUUGUUUGCUCCUGUUAUACCAAAAUUUGUACCAACGCCACAUUCUUGUUCCUAGCUUUUGUUUAGUGGACUGAAUCCUUGCUUUAUGUUCCCUUUUAGGUUAAAAGGUCACCACACAUGAACUUAAUCAUUUCACAUGCUGAAAUGAGAUCUACACAAGGUUAAUUUUUGGCAAGUAAACAAGUCUCCAUGAAGACUCAUUUUUAGAUUCCAAAUUCCACACCUCCUGAGGCUAUACUAAUAAUUUUCAUGUUUUCUGUUCUGUCCUGAGGUGUAUGUCUAUGGUUUCUUUUGGUGUCUGAGGUUAUGUAACUCUUGUGUUACCAAUGAAUAACAGAAACCCUUUGUGUAAUGUUUGUUUAUGUUUUUCACUUGCAGCUCAAAUAAAG